CGGCUGUCUGUCAUCCGUCGCUUCGGCACCAUCCAUCAUCCCGACGACACCACAAGCACUUUGCCGUGGCCAAAACAACCAACAACAAGACAUCCACAGUAGCAUGACAAGAAGAUGACGACAAAUAUCAUCCCAAUGACCACGAAGAACUAUCUUGUUGUUAUUAUUGUGGCACUGGUGGCAGUGUGGCUGCCUCAUCAUGUCUCACAUGCUCUGAUUCCAGUAAUCAGUCCGUCCUUUCUAUGGAACUUUGGGGUACCAACGGCAAAAUCCAGCACUGUGGGUAGCAGUACGCGUCUCUACUCUUCACCCUUUGGCUCGAAUCCCAAAGACAAACCCCGUCGUCAAAAAAAGAACAAAUACAAAAAACAAGAAGAAAAUUCCAAAGAUCCCUUGGAACUGUUACUGGAAGAAUCCGAACAAAAACUACAAGAAUUGAAUCAACAAAAACAAAAACAACAAAAGAAGAAGAUACCAGCAGAACUGGAGGCACCCCGCACGUUUGUCUUUCCCGACAAUAAGGAUAUCGAUCCCAACGAUCCGGCGUCUUUUGGAUUCAUCGAAAUUGGAACCGUCGUGGGAGCUCAUGGCGUACACGGAGAAAUCAAGGUCAAAUCCAGUUCCGGAUUUCCAGAACGAUUCACACAACCGGGCAUCAAGUAUUUCAAACCCCACAAUAAACGGGCACCACGAAAAGUCGUCCUAGUCAAGGGGAGAGGACCCAAUAAGGAUGAUGAAUACAUUCUGCAAUUGGCAGAUACAACAAAUAGAGAUGAUGCCAAACGAUUGCGGGGUGGAACCUUGUUUGUUCGGAAAGAGGAUCGACACGUGCUCCUGAAGAAUUCCAAUAACAAUGCCAAUACCGGUACUAAUAAUUUCAAUUCCAACAACAACCAAACAACCAACACAGAGCUGCCACAAAACGACACUGCACAACAGCAACAACAAUCCAAAGCCAAUCAAGAUGAAACCGUGGAGGAGGAGGAAUUUUUUGUAUCCGACUUGGUGGGAUUGGAGGUAUUUCUAGAAACAACAACCACAGAAGAAACAAACAACAAUACUAGUGAGAAUGACAAUCAGAAUCAUGAGCCACCACAAUUAUUUGUGGGAACCGUCGUGGGUGUCGUCUUGGCCGAAGACAUGUGUGCCAUUCCGGGGCUCGGACAUGACAUGUUGGAAAUCAAUCUACCCAGAGGCAAAGGAGGGACAACGUCGUUGAGGGAUGAACUCGUCUUGAUUCCUUUUGUACCACAAAUUGUACCACGGGUCGACAAUGCCAUCUUUAUUGAUCCGCCAGCGGGAUUGUUGGAUUUGACAUACGUGCGAGAAGAAAAGGUCCGCAUCAAGGGAUUCUUGCCGCCGUCUGAAUGAAGGAAUGAAGUGGAAUUAAAGCAAAGAUUCGCGCAAGAGCCAACCCAGAGCCGAGCUCGCAAAUGAAAAGGCAGUGCAACUCAACCGCAGAUCAGGCAACAAUCGAAAUCAAGACUAGUAGCUAGCGUGUAUACCGAAGCGGCGGGUGUUGCCAAUGGAUUGGGUUGUUUAGUGGCUCCAUCUGCAGCGCUGCACGGGUGUGGGGACAGACACAAGGAUCCCCAGAGCUCCCCUGCACCACAGGAAUGAUUCAAUCCCUGCCGGUAGCUAGCCAGACAUCAUAUGCCACAACAACACUAAAAAACACUACUAUAAUAAACAAUCCUCUCCUUUGAUUGAAAGAAGGGAAUUCCGGGCAACCGCCAGGCGGGUAGCUACUGUCCAUUAGAGGAGGGAUGACGGAUGGUGGGAC